AUGGGAGCAAAAGACACUAUUGUUCGGUCAGAUACUAGAGCACAUGCUCACACAUAUGCCAUCCGAGCAAAAGAGGAAGCUGCUGCAGUUAAUGUGAUUACUGGUACAUUCUAUCUCUUUGAUGUUACUGUGUACGCACUGAUUGACCCUAGGUCAACUCAUUCUUGUAUUUGCACUACAUUAGUAACGGAAAAGAAACUACCUAUUGAAUUAACUGAAUAUGAUAUUCAAGUUACUAAACCACCAGGAAAGGCUAAUAUGGUUGUGGAUGCUCUCAGUCGAAAGUCAUCAUUGUUUAAACUUCGAGCGUUGAACGCUCAUUUAGUUCUGAAUGAAGAUGGUUCGAUACUAGUAGAAUUGAGAACUAAACCCCUGUUUCUGCAGCAAAUUCGAGAGUUAGAAAACAACGAUCCGAAAUUGAUAAUGAAACGACAAUUGGUUCAGAAUAAUUUGAUUACUGAGUAUAGUGUUAAUGAUGAUGUUACAUUAUGUUAUCGUGAUCGGAUUUGCAUUCCGAAUGAUUUAGAUUUGAAACGUGAUAUUUUUCUAAAGCUCACAGUAGUACAUAUUCUAUUUGUCCUGGUAGCAUGA